AUGCUGCCACUAUCGCACUCUCUCGACAAAAGAGCCCGCCUGAGGCAGCUCCUUCUUGCCGUCGUCGCUGGCCUCGUCGUCGUCUCCAUCUUACUGCUCCGCCCGGCGAGUCUGCUUCCGACCUUGGCCUUGAUGGCAGGCGCCGACAUCCCCGGCCUCGCCGAGGCACUGGAAGCGGCCGCUGAAUCGUGCGAGAGCUACGGCUGGCAGAGGUUCGUGCCCGAAUCGUCGAGCGGGAAGCGCAGGGUCUACGACCUGUUCAUGAUCAACACCGAGCUGGACUGGCUCGAGAUUCGACUCGGGACGACGUACGACGCCGUCGACUACUUCAUCAUCUUCGAAGCGGACAUAACCUUCACCGGCCUGGCGAAGCCGCUCUUCGUUCGCGACAACUGGUCCAAGUUCAAGCGCUUCCACCGCAAGAUGAUAUACCACAAGGUCGAAUUCCCGCCCGGGUUCAACGCAACCGACAUGUGGAAGAAGGAGAGGUUCACCCGAGACGCCAUGCUUGAGCAGGGCCUGCAGCAGCUCCGCGGUCGUCAAGAGCCCCGUGCCGGCGAUGUCAUCAUCUUCGCCGAUGUCGACGAGAUUCCUCGACCAGAAGUCCUCCACCUGCUUCGCGCCUGCCAGUUCCCGCGUCGCGUCACCCUCCGUGGCCGGUUCUACUACUACAGCUUUCAGUUCCUGCACCGCGGAGACGAGUGGCGAGCGCCGCAUGCGACCUACUACGAAGGACUGGAUACCAUCCUGCCCAACGAUUUGCGUGGUGGCGUCGGCAAGAACGCGCACGAGUCGGUGGAUAUUGCCAACGCCUCCUGGCAUUGCUCCUCGUGCUUCAAAACCGUGCACGAGGUUCGCGUCAAGAUGGAGUCAUUCUCCCACACCGAGUACAACAUCGAAAAAUAUCGGGACAGUCAUUGGAUUGCCGAUCACGUACGUCAGGGAACCGACAUGUGGGAAAGGAAUAGGGAGGUGUACGACAGGAUCGACGGCAACAGGGACCUACCCGACUACCUCCUGAAGCAUGCCGACAGAUUCCCUUACAUGAUCAACAGGGACGGACCGACUGCUGGCUUUUCUGAUUAUCCGUAA